AUGACCCCACUAAAGGAGGACAAUCCUGGUGGCCUGAUGAAUGAGGAUGACAAAGACUACAUCCUAGAUCACGCAGAACAUCUGAACCGCAUGGUUCCUGGAGGACUGUCUGUGUUGGGCAUGUUUGUGGUCUCCCCGUCCCAUCAGACCAAAGAGAGCCAUAUGAAAAUGAGGCGGAAAUCUUCUAAAUCUGCGACAUGGAGUUACCUGCAGUGGAUGACAGCAUUCUGGCCUGUUGCUGUCUGCCCCAUGGACAUCGACCUGAUGUUCCCUAUCAAGGACAAGACCCGCCACGGUCUGAUGCAGGCCAUGAAGAGGAACAAUUCACAAAGAAUAAAGAUUCAAGGCCAGAUCUUCAUCCCAACGGCAGGGGGCAAGCUGGGGGAGAGGCCGUCCACUGCGUCAGUGCAGGUAUGCAGCUGUAUCCUGAGACUGAAGGGGAGUCUGGGGUGCAGAGCGUACAUGAACCCUGCAAGGACCACUGCCAAGACCACCACCAUGUACAUCAAGAGGGACAUCAUCAGGAGUGUCUACAGCAGUGCCAAAAACUUCUUUGAACAUCUGAUAAAUGAUGAAAACUCAGCGAAGGCAUUCAUGGGCUCCCAGCCCUUGGCUAAGCGGGUGUUCUUCCUGGUUCCCGAUACUGGCAUCUCUCUGUGUGACUACAUACUCUCCUCUGAGACGGAGGCAGCUGUCCAGGAGAGGGUGAGGGAGUGGGCAGGCUUCACCAUCCCUGAUGGGCAGCUCCAUAUCACCCAGCAGCUGGUACAGGGCAGGUUGGAGUGGCACCAAGAUUCAGAGGAAGGCAUGGACAGCACCUGGGUCCCGGUGUACAAGAUCCAGCAGAGGCGCAAAAUCACCAUGGGUGUGGCAGUGGCUUCAGGAGUCUCCCUGGUGGCCUGUCUCGUCUAUAGGCUCUUCCUAGAAGAGUGA